ACUCGCGCAGGCUCGGCAGUUGCAGCCGUCCGUCCAGCCCCUUCUUUUCCCUGCCACGUACGGGCGGCGGUGGCCCUACCUGGGGUCCGAUUCUGUCGGGGCGGGGGGUGUCCACCAGCGGGACCGCGGAGAAGCCAGAUGUGUGGCGGCUUAUCCUUACUCAGUUCUCAAGUGAGGUGGAAAAUCUGCCCAAUAAUCCAGCAUCAGUAAGACAGACAAGGUCUGCAGGUGAUAAGGAAUUCACCAUGAAUGGGCAGCUGGAUUUAAGUGGGAAGCUGAUCAUCAAAGCUCAGCUUGGGGAAGAUAUUAGGAGAAUUCCUAUUCAUAAUGAAGAUAUCACCUAUGAUGAAUUGGUGCUAAUGAUGCAGAGAGUUUUUAGAGGAAAACUUCUGAGCAAUGACGAAGUCACAAUAAAAUACAAAGAUGAAGAUGGAGAUCUUAUAACAAUUUUUGAUAGCUCAGAUCUUUCCUUUGCAAUUCAAUGCAGUAGGAUACUUAAGCUGACAUUGUUUGUGAACGGACAACCAAGACCCUUAGAAUCUAAUCAGGUGAAAUAUCUGCGUCGAGAGCUGAUAGAACUUCGCAAUAAAGUAAAUCGUUUACUGGACUGUUUAGAACCACCAGCUGAACCAGGCCUUUCCACUAACUUGCCUGACAGUGAUGCUGUAGAUGGGAGGGAAGAAAAGCCUGCUGCUGCUGACUCUAGUGUUAAGCCAUCUACUCAAGUCAUAGCGGCAAGCAUGUCUGCAUUUGAUCCACUGAAGAACCAGGAUGAAAUCAGCAAGAAUGUCAUGUCAGCAUUUGGAUUGACAGAUGAUCAGGUGUCAGGUAAAAAUAUGUCUUACAAAAAGGAAAGCAAAACCUGUUUGUAAUCAGUGACUCGAAUC